CGCGUUGACAGGUGCGAGCUUAGUGCGGCUUUUCGGAGUUCUAUUUUAGAUAUGAUCACUGAUGGCUUAUUGAUUUUCGUAUUCGUAAUACCUGGGAUCAACGACUCGGCAGAGUAUGAACUAUGACACAGUUUAGUAUGUUAGAAGAGAUGGGCAAUGUUUGUAAAAUCGAUAAUGAUGAUCCAAACCAAUUCAACACGACUACACAAAAAAGGGCAGAUAGCCCUACAAUAGAGUCGUUAACGAAUGACGUAAGACUGACAUUCAGUACCGACGUAAGACAGAUAUUUAAUGAGAGUAGGAACAACGAGUCAUCAAUCCUUGAAAAGAAGCAUUAUGAGAAUGAAUCAUUAAAAAACGGUAGCAUAAUAAUUUCAGAAUAUUUGUCUGGAAACUAUGAACAGUUUUUUGAGGUUUGGGAUAACUCUUUUUCGUUAAAUAUUAAGGAGUCGAUGGAAUAUAAAAUUAUGACUUUGAAAUUGCGAGUGCACUAUGCCAUUCUACCGAUCCGAAUCGUCCAAUUAAAUCAGCACAUUAAUUACAGACUCAGUAGUUCUCAGCCUGUAAAUAUAAUUUUUGAUAAUGCCGCGAAUAAAUACUUUUCGGAUAAUAACGAAAAGGAUUCAGAAGACGAAAGCAAUACGUUUUACAUUGAUAACAUGAAACAACUUGAAGAAUUUUUAAACUCUUAUGACGGUCGGAAAUUAAUCGAAAAAUUGAAAGAUAGUCCAUUGAUAGCGUUCUUCGCUCUACCAUAUCUUGAUAGUCCACAAGAAGAUGAAUCUGUGAAAAAAAUAUUUACUAUCGAUUGGCUAGAAGAAUUGAUAUCAGAUUUAGACAAGUUUAUUAAGAAACAAUUAAAGGACGAAGAAUCCACAAAUGAGACAGAAUCAAAAAAUUGUACAUAUGAAAUAUCUGAAAAUUCUGUAAUCGAAACUGUUUUAACAGUGACCGAUCACAAAAGUAAACUUACCGAAACUGAAGGUGAAUUGAUAUCUUGCAAUCGAUUGAUUCAAUCUGUUGUUAAAAGUAAAGAAAUUGGAGAUUGGAUGACGAACUAUCAUCAAGUGGAUCAUCAAAAUAAUUUUUGUUCCAAAAAUACACAAACGCGUAUAAGUAGUUUAAAAACGGGCAUUGGAUUUUCAAUGAUUAGCGAACCGCAUCACGUCUUGAGUUUGGUUACACCAAGCGUGUUUGCAAUUCCUAGCAAACAAUCUGUUCUAUAUAAUGACGAAUUAAAUAUGACUAAAACACGAUUGUUUAGUGUACUCAAACACUAUCGGAAAUUGAAAUUGAGAUUUCAUAAGCUUCACGAAGAUUACCAAAAAAUGAACGAGAUUGCCGAAGUAUUAACUAUCGCGCUGGAAAGUUCAGUGCAGGGAAAGAGUGUAGAUUUGGAUAUGAUAUUGCAGUCGUGUUCGGAAAUUCUUCCAAAUCGGUACAAGAUGGAUAUUCAAACUGACUCUGAGGAUACAAAUACCGAAGCAAAAAAAAAAUCAAAAGAUAUUGUAAGCUCCAAGCAAAGAGACAAACAUGAUUAUACAGCAGCUUCAUGCAAAAUGUUAAAUUACGGAAAGCUCAAGCUACAUUUGAAGAAUGGGGAUAUCAAGACCAAAUUACUAAUACUUGUAGCUCUACGCCAGAAACUCACGUCAUCGGAGCCCGAAAAUUGUGGUUCAAUAGUUAGUUCGUACGUUGAUAAUGAUUUAUUAGGCCUUAAAGACGAAUCAGCGAACAACGAUGAAGAUACGAUUUUAAAUUACAUAUUGAUGCCGAUAAAUUCAACUGCAGUUGUAAGUUAUGUUCAGCAAACUGCAGCACGACUCCUAAAUGCUUUAGCAUCACUGAAUUCCGGUCGAAAGUAUUUAACUACAGGUCCAGUCGUUCUCAAUGUGAUAAUUAAAUACUUGAAUAGCUGUAACAACGGAAUUGGUGACGUAGUGACUCUGGACAUGCUCAUAGCGACACUCCAAAAAAUGUCUCUACGAAAGGAGCAGAGAAAUUUUAUGGUGGAGGCUAAUUUAGUAGAGUGGCUCAUAUACCACCUAAGUAAUGAAAAUUUCAGAAUGGGAACGUACAGAUUAGAGUACACCUGCGCUUUGCUAAUGAAUCUUUCAUUGCAGAGUGCGGCUCGUUCUAGAGCAGAGGCCAUUGCACCGCUUUUCAUAUCGAUAUUGACCAGUUUAUUGUCUUCAGAUUGUGUUUCGAUUUUGCCUUAUGUAAACGGAGCCUUGCAAAAUUUUCUUUUAAAUAACGAAAUUAACGAGGAGGGUAAAAAGUUGCAUCUUGCUAAAAUUUUAGAGUACUAUUGUGUGAGAAGUGGAGAAGAGCUAAGAAAGCAUUUCUCCCACACCUUGAAAGUUCACAAACGAGAAUAUGAGGCGAAUUUAUCGGACGAUGAAUUUCCAGAUGAAGAUGAUGAAAUAUUCGAUGUUCUAGAAAAAGAAUUAGAAGAAGACAACCCGGUUAAGUUUGAAAAUGAGGAACUUCAAGGCGAUGAUUUACUAAUUUCCCAUUACUCAUUCUAUAGUUUGGAGUCAGAGAAAGCUACGAAAUAUAGCGUUACUUCUACACAGACUGAUAAUUUACUACACAAUGAAAGUAGAAGUGAAUCAUCCAACACGUCAGCAACAAUCAUCGUCACAAGUGAAACUGCACCGGAUAAUUCUCGGACAGAAACAGCUGACAGGAAAAGUAGCACGGACGUAAGUAAAGUGCACAAAAUAUUUGCGGCAUUGACUAAAAAUAAUUCGAAAUCUACCAAAGACAAUGAAGAGGAGUUUGCUUUUCAAGCAAAGUCAAAAAUACAACGAACUCCACCGACAACAGCUCGAGUACAGUUGCAUCAAGAGAAGAUUUCCAAAAGAGUUUUAAACAGAAUUAAAUAAAGAUUGUCUUAAUUUCCGUAA